AAAUCUGACACAUCUCUUCUCCCACUUGUCCUUCGUCCCUUUUCACGCUAUCUCCAACUCUUCUGUCUCUCGUCCUCGCUCGCUCGCUUUCCGUUUGUCGACCUCUUCUUCUCCCUCUUAGGCUGUCAUAGGAAACCAGAGGGAGGUAGAGAGAGAGGACGAGAAGAAGAGGCUCGCAAGAUGAGCUUUAGAGGGGAGGAGAGCGGGAGCGAGGAUGGGCGAGGGGACCUCAGGAAGCCGUUCCUGCACACGGGGAGCUGGUACCGGAUGGGCAUGGGCAUGGGGUCGCGGCAAUCCAGCCUCUUGGCCUCCUCCGCCUCCGUCAUCCGCGACUCCUCUAUCUCCGCCGUCCUCUGCACGCUCAUCGUCGCCCUCGGCCCAAUCCAAUUCGGCUUCACCGGUGGAUUCUCCUCCCCCACCCAAGACGACAUCAUAGCCGACCUCGGCCUCUCCCUGUCUGAGUUCUCGAUCUUUGGCUCUCUGUCCAACGUCGGAGCCAUGGUGGGCGCCAUCGCCAGCGGCCAACUUGCGGAGUACAUCGGGCGCAAAGGCUCGCUGAUGAUCGCUUCCAUUCCUAACAUCAUUGGCUGGCUGGCGAUUUCCUUUGCCAAAGACUCUUCAUUCUUGUAUAUGGGUCGGUUGUUGGAAGGAUUCGGCGUCGGAGUGAUCUCCUAUACAGUGCCUGUCUAUAUAGCAGAGAUAGCUCCACAGAACUUGAGGGGGGCACUUGGCUCUGUGAAUCAGCUUUCUGUGACUAUCGGCAUUUUGCUAGCUUAUCUGUUGGGCAUGUUUGUUCCGUGGAGACUUCUUGCAGUAAUUGGAAUCUUGCCAUGCACAAUCCUCAUACCUGGUCUGUUCUUUAUCCCGGAAUCUCCGAGGUGGCUGGCAAAAAUGGGCAUGAUGGAAGAUUUUGAAGCUUCCCUACAAGUUCUGAGAGGAUUUGAUGCUGACAUCACUGUAGAAGUGAAUGAAAUCAAGAGAUCAGUGGCAUCAUCCACCAGAAGGACUGCAAUCCGAUUCUCACAACUGAGACAAAGAAGAUACAAACUUCCUCUUAUGAUAGGCAUUGGUCUACUUGUACUACAGCAGCUAAGUGGAAUCAAUGGCAUCCUUUUUUAUGCCAGCAACAUUUUCAAAACUGCUGGGCUUACCAAUGGUAACCUGGCCACUUGUGGUCUUGGAGCAAUUCAGGUUGUUGCUACUGGAGUUACCACUUGGUUACUGGAUAGAGCUGGUCGAAGAAUUCUUCUUAUAAUCUCCGCUGCAGGAAUGACUUUAAGUCUUCUGCUAGUUUCAGUUGCAUUUUUUCUGGAGGGUGUCUUUCCUGAAGAAUCUCAUUCUUAUUAUAUAAUGAGCAUACUCUCAUUGGUUGGACUUGUGGCUUUUGUCAUUGCCUUCUCUUUUGGGUUGGGAGCAAUUCCAUGGAUCAUUAUGUCCGAGAUACUUCCCGUCAAUAUUAAGAGCCUUGCUGGUAGUGUAGCAACACUUGCCAACUGGUUGACGUCAUUUGCAAUAACAAUGACCGCAAACUUACUUUUGAACUGGAGCACUGGAGGUACCUUUGCCAUCUACACAGUAGUCAGUGUUUUAACACUUUUGUUUGUCAUAACAUGGGUGCCCGAGACCAAGGGAAGAACUCUUGAGGAAAUACAGUGGUCUUUCCGAUAAGGUCUCUAAUAUUUAUCUUAUGUGGCAUACUAUGGUAGAGAAAACAACAUACUGUCCAUUCAUCAGCAUUGCUGGGAAAAAUUUUUAGCAUGUUCAGCUGAGGGCAAGAUCUGCUUGGAGAGAUUCAAGCCCCCAGAAAUUGGUUAUUGAGGCAUUUAGCAGUACAAUUUUUCUCUGUAAUGUUAUACAUAUUAUAAGCUGUUUGUUGUUCAGCAAGUUCACAAGUCAAUUCAACAGUAAUAGGACUUUUGUUUGCAAUGUGACUGCAUUGCACUAGAAUUUAAAUUAUUCUUUUCCAUAUGGAAAGACAUUAUAUUUGAAUAAUGAAAAGUCUGAACUUGAUCA